UUAAAUAUUUAUUAUAAGAGGAAGUUAUAUUUGUGGAGUAUAAUGAGGUGAUAUAGAGGGGAUAAUGUUCCAGCUGAGGGCUGGGUGCGGGGCGUCGUCUGCAGCGUCGCCGCCAUCAGUCAACACCACACACCGUGAAAAUGGCCCAUAUCAAGAUAGAAAGUCCAGCUGUGAGAUACACAGCUGAUUAUAUUGAAGCAGAUUACAACUACACAAAUACUAAUGUAUGGACAGACAGUAAAGGGACGUUGAUUGCAACACCAACUGUUACAAAGUAUACCUUUAAAACGCAAAGAAAGGUGCCAAAGCUUGGACUGAUGCUGGUGGGUGUUGGUGGUAACAAUGGUACCACAGUUGUAGCGGCCAUCCUUGCCAACAAAUACAACAUGACGUGGAAUACAAAAGAUGGAGUGAAGAAGGCUAACUACUUAGGCUCUAUAACUCAAGCAAGUACAGUGUGUUUAGGAAAUGGACCCCAAGGAGAAGUUUAUGUACCUUUGAAGGACUUGCUACCCAUGGUUGAUCCAACUGACAUUGUUAUUGAUGGUUGGGACAUCUCAUCACUCAACCUUGCUGAUGCCAUGGAGCGAGCUAGAGUGCUUGACUACAACUUGCAGGUCCAGUUAAAGCCGUACAUGAAAACAAUAAAACCUCGUCCUUCAGCAUACUUUCCAGAAUUCAUCGCAGCCAACCAAGCAGAUCGGGCAGAUAAUGUCUUAACGGGCACGAAGCAAGAACUUUUAAAUAAGAUCAGGAAUGACAUUAGGGAUUUCAAGGAAACAAGUGGAGUCGAUAAAGUCAUAAUACUGUGGACAGCAAAUACAGAAAGAUACAGUGACAUCAUACCUGACAUCAAUGGUACUGCAGAAAAUUUACUGGAUAGUAUUAAAAACAAUGAAAGUGAGAUUUCACCAUCAACUUUGUUUGCAGUGGCCAGUAUUCUUGAAGGGGUGACGUAUAUUAAUGGAUCACCGCAAAACACAUUUGUACCUGGUUGCAUUGAGCUGGCUGAGAAGAAAAAGGUAUUCAUUGCAGGAGAUGACUUCAAGUCAGGUCAAACAAAAAUGAAGUCUGUUUUAGUGGACUUCUUAGUGAGUGCUGGAAUUAAACCAAGAUCAAUUGUCAGUUAUAAUCACCUUGGCAAUAAUGAUGGGAAGAAUCUUAGUGCUCCUCAGACUUUCAGAUCAAAGGAGAUCUCAAAGAGUAGUGUUGUGGAUGAUAUGGUGGAAUCCAACAACAUCCUGUUUCCCGACGGAAUGGGUCCUGACCACUGUGUAGUCAUCAAAUAUGUACCUCAUGUAGGUGACAGCAAACGUGCUAUGGAUGAGUACACAUCUGAAAUAAUGAUGGGUGGAACAAACACAAUUGUCAUUCACAACACCUGUGAAGACUCCCUGUUGGCCAGUCCCUUGAUCAUUGAUCUUGUCAUUCUUGCAGAACUUUUUGAGCGAAUUCAGUUUAAGACUGAACUUGAAUCCAAUUUUGAUAAUUUUAAUUCAGUUUUGUCAGUUCUAAGCUACUUGUGUAAAGCACCAUUGGUUCCGCAUAAUACCCCUGUAAUAAAUUCUUUAUUUCGUCAAAGGAGCUGUAUUGAAAAUAUAUUGCGUGCCUGCAUUGGGUUAGCACCCACCAACCACAUGCUUCUGGAGUAUAAGCAUGCACAUAUUGAUACAAAAAUUUAUACGCCCGCUGCUGCUGUGAAGAAACCGACUGAUAUAAAUUCAAAAGAAAGCAAUUCAUCACAUGUGCGCCACCCAUCAGACGAGAUCGAAAAAUAACUACAUACAGUAGUUGCUACAAUAUAUAUUAAGGUAAAAGCAAAUUAAUAUCGUAUUGUUGAUAAAUUUGAGCAACAUAAGUAUAUAUUUUCUUUUCAGCAGGUGUUUAAAAUAAUUGGAUUUACUAUUUAUUCUUGGUCACUUUAUGGAUCUCUAAUUUUAGUUUACUUAUAUUUUAAAUGAAUUAAUGUUAUUAAAAGUAAGUCUAACAUACUUAGUUUAAAAUUAGAUACCCAACCCACAUAUCUGAAAAGAAAGGAAGUGAUGACAGAUGACAUUUUAGUUUGUUUUAUCUUCUCUUCUUUCACCUCACAGACACCUUCCUGUCUUUUCAGAUGUGUGGGUUGGCUGUAUUAAUACUGUAUUAGUAAAAAUUGUAAACUUCCAAAUACAGUAUGUAUUGAUUUUUUAUUAGUUUUUGCAUUACUGUAUAUGUAUUUAGAAAUUGAACAAGGCUGUUGAUUAGUAAUUACACAGUGCUGUAGUUUCUUUUAUGUUCAAUAGCUAUACCAGUAUUUUUACUGUAUCUUUUGGCGCCCCCCUCCCCCCAAAAAAUACAGUAUAUAUUCUUAUACCGUAAUGAAACACACUAAAGUUAUUUUUGAGAAAAUCGGUAGGAGCCAUGGGAAGGAUUGGAACCUGUGCCUGGGAGUACCCAGCGCAUGCUUUAGUACCCAGAGCAUAGGUUUGGAUCCUCCUCCUGGCUCCUACUGAUUUUGACAUUGAUGCAUCACGUGUAUAUGAUUUCUUUGGGUAAAAGUUACCUUUAUUAUUAAUUGCAAAUUUGGUAUUACAGAACUAAGUUUUUAUAUUUAGGUCCAUUGUUGGGCUAUAUGUUGAUCUUUAAACAUUUGCUAACAUCCCAGUUAGUGUACCCAUGUUAGUACCCCUCAUCUGGCAAAAAAAAAAAAAAAUCAUUUUAGAUAUGUUUGCAAAAGUAAAGGAAAUACUGAGAAACUUGUAUGUUGACCAUUGUUAGUCAUGAGGUGUGGUAUUAGUCAACACUUCAUAUAGGGCACUGGUGAACAUCAUAUUGCUUCCAUAAUCUCUACUUCUAUCCCUUGCUUCUGAUGCAUGGUUGUUGCCACCAGUACUACAAUUAUUAUUGCUGCACUGUUACCCCUCAAUUGUUUUUGGUGUUACUACUGUUAACUAUCAUUUGCUAAUGAUAAUUGCCUUAUUUUGCAUGGGCUUUGUGUCCAUUUUCAUUUGGGUACAUUACAAAAAUAGAUGUAUAUCUACCAUUUGGAUUUGUAAGAUGGUACGGCAAGAAGCCUCAUGUGACCACUGGGUGGUGUCACAGAUGCCUACCCUCCAAACACACACCGAAACUAUGACGUUGGUACAACAUUCGAACAAGUUUUAACACCUAACCAGUUAUAACAACCAAUAUAGGAAGUUGUAACAACGUUCUAAUACGUCAUAAAUACAUUAAGCCAAGAUGUAACAACUUUAUUACAAGUUGUAACAAGCGGAAAAUAGAGACGGUUUCGGUUUGUGUUUCCAGGGUAUAGGCACUGUGUUUUGUUUAAAUGCAAUAUGAUGUUGACCAGUUCUCCUUAAUGUGUGACGAUAAGUCUUUAGGGGUUAAGAAUUUUUUUUCUGUCCACUCAAUAUGUGGGAACUAAUGUAUUUUAUAGAGUAAUUUAUUAAUUGUACAAAUAGACCAUUCCACUAAAUAUUUUAUAUCGAGUUUCUGUAAAAAUUAAAUUUCAGAAUCCACUUCUUUUUUUAUAAUAUUUACUCAUUUGUUUUCAUAUGUACAAAAUAUAUACAACAAGAUUAAAAGUUUUGAUAGCUUUGAAGAAACUAUCAGAAUUAAGUUCAUGUUUUUGUUAUGGAAUUUACUAAAUAUCUAAAGUUAUAUAAAUGCAGUGCUAGUAUCGUUAAUAUUGUUAUAGUUUCAUGAUUUCAUGAAGUGGAGUACAGUAUUUGCCCAGAGAAGAUAGAAAGUUGGUACCAUAUUGGAAAACAUUGUUGGUUAAUAUGUUUAAAAAUGGUUCCCAUUCAUUUAAAUGUUUUCAAUACAACACAGAAAACUAGCUUCAAAAUCUAGCAAACCCCCUCUAACAGCAGCACUCCAUCACUUCAUACAAACUGACUAAAAGCUCUUCGUUAGUUAUGUAAAAAGCUGCUUCUUCCGAGCCUUGGUCUGUGCCACUCUGCUAGCUCAAUCCGUGCUUUCCCAUGUACCUAGUCACAUAGAUAUACUACUGUCUGUGCUCAGUAAUCUGAAUCAUAUUCCAAAUUAAAUAAAUUUCCUAUUAAGAAUAUCCAAACAUGAACAUAUCUGCAAUUUACCUUUCCAUAUGAAAACUCCCACCAUUUACCCAGUUACUCCCUAUAAUUAUAGAGUUAACUCUUGCCAUUUACUUGGCAACAAUGCAUAUAACAUUUUAACCAAAAAUCCUAUUCAGGUUUAAUAAUCAAGAACUCAAACCUGAAUUCAUUUUGGUUAACUGAAGAUUUAGGUUCACAUUACCGAGCUUUUGCAGGUACAAUACCUGGAAAUGAAGCGGCAGACACAGGCACAAGAAGCAAUUAAGAGAUACCAAUAUCUCCAAUAAAAAGCUGACAUAUACAGAUGAUUGAAUAAUGAUACCCAAAUUGCAAGCAAUGGAAUGACUAGAUAUCUGGCAAACUAUACCUGGAAAUAAAUUGAAUAAAAUACUUUUAUCCAUUGAUUUGCAUCUAUCCAGGAGCAGACAAUGCCCUGUAUGACUGAAAUGGUUUCCCAGUGUCUUAAGAUCAGAAACCUGUCAGACUGAAGUUUCCUUAGGUCAGUGAUGCCUUCUUCAGGAUGCAUCAAUUGACCAUCAAUAGAGUCCUUGGUAACUGAUGCCUUUGAUAUCUCUCGCCUUAUGUGCUGUUGUUCUCAUAUUGGCAUCCUAAGUGAUACAUAGCACUUUUUUGAAUAUGCAUUGAAACUGAUGGUGCUACAUAGUCUGCCUAGCUUGGUGCCUUCUUUUGAUAAUUACUUCUCCAGGAUGCAAUUGACAAGUUACGUAACUCUUGGAUACAUACAGUACUGUAUUUACUGCUAGGGAAACAUUAGCAUCAGGUGUAAAAAAACUUGCCAAGGAUGUCACGCCCUGCCUGGAUAUCAAACUCGAAUAUAAUCGGUUGAAAGCCGAUUGCACUUACCACUGUGCUACAGGCCAUGCUAAUGACUUGCAAAAUAUAUGAAACCAUGUGUAUGUUUUUCAAAUUUAAAUACAGUACAAUAGAUAUGGUAAAUAUUUUACAAUAAUCUAAUAAAUUCUGCCUUAUGAGUAGCCUCCUCAGAUUUUACAAGUACAAAGUUGAUUAAAGUACUGUAUCAAGGAUUAAUUCUCAUCCCACUUAGCAUGUCUGCCUAUUUUGGUAUUCAUCUUCAAAAGUCACUUGCAUACUUCACCAUUUGAUUUGUCAAAUGGUGAAGUUGACCUUUCAGUCAACAUAGCCAACCUAUCUUUGUAUACUCCCCUAAUCCCUAUGUUAGUACCUUGUAGUAUUUGCAAACCCUUGCCAUGAAUUACAAAAAAUCACUGUAUAAUAAUUUAUAUAAUUUAACAUGGCUAUAUUGAUAUUCCACUAUCUUCUGAUAUUUUACAUUAAAUUUUUAUUAUGUAAACACUGAUGCAGUAAUUUUAGAUUUUGUCAUGCAUGACACAUUGGUGUUUUGAGGUAUUCAGAUGCCUUGGGCUACUAAAGUAGAGUAACUUACUAUUUACUGACUUGAAAAUAUUUCUCUAUAAUUUUUGUUUCUUACUUUAAUGCAACAAACAUCAUAGUUUGCUCAUUUGUAUUACUUUAGAGCUUUCAUACUUGUGCUACACCAGUCUCUGCAUAACUCAUUCCAUUCACCAGGGCUCUAGGAGACUCGAACAGUGGACCCCACACGUGUGAGGUCAAGGCUCUAUCGACCGAACUAUUGAGCAGUCCUAAUAAGGAAAGUUUCCAGAAGUAGCGUAACUCUUUUGAGUUUGACGUAAAAAGACAAAUAACUCGCACAGAUGAGUUUAUAUAUCUCAUUUGUGCAAUCCUCUAACCAUAUUUCUCCCUAUCUUCUUAUCCAGCAACCUUUUACCAACUAAAGGAACUCCAACAAAAUUUAUUUUAAAAGGUACAGUACUAAUAUUGUUAUUGAUUUCCUAUGACCACACUGAAUUAAGAACAGACAUCCUUGAAUAAUCUUUCCAAAACAUACACAGUAUUAAGUGAAAGAUCUUCAUUUUAGUAUGUAUUGCAAAUACUGGUCAAAUAAUAAGCAGUACUUACAAAUAUAUUGUCUUGGGACUACACAGGCAGCUUACUUUUAAUGGGAUAGGCGAGUGAGGAUUAGGUGGCGUAAGCACUUUUUUUUUUUUUUUUUUUUUUUUUUUUUUUUUUUUUUUUUUGACGUUUCAAAGUUCACCAUUGAAUUUAUCAGUUAAGAUUUUUUUGUGGAUUUUUGAUGAUCUAUAGGUCUCCUGCAUCUCGUUGGUGGUGUGUCAGAAUCCCACAUGCCCCAAUUCUUGUGUUUUGCAAAGCUCUUUGUUUAUAUUUUUGUAUUCAGACACCAAACAAUGAAAUUAAUUGAUUUGUAUUACUAGAAAGUGAAUUGAGCCUUAAUAUUUAAUGUUAAAAUGUAUAUUUAUUAGCGUAGUGGAGAAACGGUAACUUUUAGACAUCUUUAAAGCACAACCUUAAUUUUCCUCAAGUUUUGUGUUAUUUACAUGGUUGUUGCUUCACACAGGUUUCACACGAACAUAACCACCGUACACAUCAAGGGCUGCCUCCAUACAAUACUUACCUUCACCAAUCUGGAUGCACAUCACCUAACAUCUAUACCCCUCUUAAGCUACCUGUUCAAUCAUCCAUGCCUCUCACACAUUGUUCUCUUUUUUCCCAUCCUUCAUUCUGGUGCACCAGGUAGGAGAACAUUAUUAAAGAGUUGAUUAGGGGUCACCCAUGUAAAAAAUGUCCUCGGGAGGCACAGGUUGGAAAAACAUUUUUAGGAGAAUAACAGGAAAAAUAAUUGCAUUAAAAGAGCCAGGUUGCAUUACAAAUUUAGUUAUUUCAUCAGUUGGAUAUAAAUUUCAUGAUCUAUUGUGUUUGAACUGUCGUUCUCACGGUGUUGCCACCUUCUAACAUGUAUUGUACUAGAAAAGAAUGUCAAUAGAGAAAACUGCAAUAGUAGAUUCAUUGAAUAAUAUUUGUUUAAUGUCCAUCCACCAUAUUUUUCAAGUUUUCAGACCAUUUUUUUUCUAACGUAGUUAUUAAAAUGUUAAAAGUCGGCCUGUUCUCAAUAUAUUAGAAAUGUCCACUAUUUUUGGUGAUUGCCAUAAAUAAAUGUAUGAACCUACUUAACAUAUUACGCCUAUUAAUUUCUUAUACAGUACUUUUAUUUCCAGUACAUAGCAUAAAAUUAGAAUGCUUGCUUCCAGUUGAUCAUACAUUUGACCAUACAAUUGUAGGUACAUUUGAUAAUGGAUGGUGAGGAUGAGCUGUUAAACUGUUGUCUGUUCAGUACGUACUAGCAUUUAAUGUAUGUAGUUUAGCUCUUGAAUUGGUUAAUUGUUGGUUAAUGUGUAUGCAACUUUUUGUAAAACAAAAUUGGAACAAAGCAUAUACCAGUUUACACAACCUUUCAAUAUAUAAUCUAUAUACAAGAGGAAAAGGCAUUCAUUAUAGUGGUAAAGAGAUUUAUUUUUGAAAACCCUCACUUUAUUGGAAGAUGAAUGUAUUAACUCUCUCCACUUACCUAAGAAAUAAUAAAAAGUAUCAGUA